CUCAUUACUGUUAGGAUUUGGAAUUUGGAUAUCUCGAAGCAAAUCCGAAUCCAUUCCGGGCAACCAUGAACGAAAAGAACAGGAGCUACCCGGAACCCAUAUCUCCGAGCAAAACUCGAAUAGGAUGGAUCGGCAUCGGCGUGAUGGGCGGAGCUAUGGCGUCCCGCCUCUUAUCCGCCGGCUACGGCGUCACUGUCUACGCUCGCACGCCCUCUAAGGCGUCCACUCUGCAAACCCUAGGCGCGCGAUUAGCCGGUUCUCCGGCGGAGGUCGCGCGGAUCAGCGACGUCGUAUUCACCGUCCUCGGACACCCCUCAGAUGUUCGACGAAUUGUCUUAGAGGGACCGGACUGCAUCCUCUCCUCCCUCAACCCUAACGGCGUCGUAGUCGAUCACACCAGCAGUGACCCGAAGCUCGCCAGGCGAAUUGCCCAUUCCGCCCGCGAAAUCAACUGCUGGGCGGUCGAUGCCCCCGUUUCCGGCGGCGACACCGGAGCAAAAGAGGGGAAACUGGCCAUCUUCGCCGCCGGGAACGAAGGUGUCGUGAACUGGUUGAAGCCGUUAUUCGACUUGAUGGGGGAUGUGACGUACAUGGGCGGACCCGGAAAGGGGCAGAGCUGCAAGAUUGCGAAUCAGAUCACAGUGGGAGCAAACCUGUUAGGGUUGAGUGAGGGUCUGGUUUUCGCAGAAAAGGCUGGGAUCGAUAAAGGCGAGUUCUUGGAGGCGAUUAGGGGUGGGGCGGCAGGGUCGAUGGUAAUGGAGUUGUUUGGGAAGAGGAUGGUGGAGAGGGACUUUAGGGCCGGCGGGUUUGCGGAGUACAUGGUGAAGGACAUGGGAAUGGGGGUGGGUGUUGGGGCGGCGGCGGCGGAGGAGGAGGAGGAGGAGAUGGUGGUGGUGUUGCCUGGUGCAGCAUUGGGGAAACAGAUGUUUGCAGGAAUGGUGGCUAAUGGAGAUGGGAAGCUUGGGACUCAAGGGCUUAUCACUGUGAUAGAAAGGCUUAAUUGGAAGUGAGACUGAAUGAAUGAAUGAAUAAUGUGUGGAAGAUGAUGAUGAUUGCAGGUUCCAUAUGUAUGUUUUCUUCAUAUGAAUGAAUGAAUCAUUUGAAGCUUUUCAUCUUCUUCCUUUUAUGAACAUGAAGUUUUUCAUGUGAAUUGCUGUUAUGGUUGAACAAGAAGCUUUGUGUUGGGAUUGUGUGCACUUUAAAUGUGGUUUAUGAAAUGCUUGAGCAUAUUUUCCAAUUUAAAGAUGUAAAAUGAACAAAUUCUGAAAUG